GAAGAGUGGGCACCUGCUCAUUCUCCUCUGCCCCUGCCUUCCCCUGCCUUUCCGGAGAAGGGGCGACCCCUGCUGCCCUCGCCCCAUCCACUGACAGGCCCAUCGGGGCCCCUCACCCUGAGCACCAGGGACAGGAUGCGAGGACCGGUGAUGGAUCACUUUAGCCACCAGGAUGACCCACCAUUCCAGGAGUCCAGGGCCUUGCUCUCCCGUUCCAAUAGCAUGACCCGGCCCAGCAGCAAAUCAAUUUACAAGCAGAGAAAAGAGUAUUCACAAGCCAUGGCUGUCAAACAAUCCAACUUCCAGCACCGAGUGGAGCACCUGCUGACCUGCAAACUGGACUCGCGGGAGAUGCAGGCCGCAGAGGAUGUGAUGCGACAGCUGCACUUGAUGGAGGCGCAGGGCCGGGUCUGGGGCCAGGAGGUGUUGCUGCAAUCCAAAGACCACCAGCUGCAGCUGCUGGACAUCGAGACCAGGGAGGAGCUGGACUGCUACCCUUUGGAUGGCGUGCAGGAGCUGGACGCUGUGCUCAACAGCUGCUCCUACGACUCCAUCCUGUCCAUCACCGUCCAGGAGUCGAGCCAGGCCCAAUCCAGCGUCCUUCUCUUUCAGUGCCAGGAAGUUGGGGCCGAGCUUCUCAAGUUCAACCUGCAGAAGGUGAUAGAUGAGAGGAAAGGCAGCCAGCAGUACAGGAGCAACCUGGAGGCCAUCGUGGCCCAACAGAGCCGGGCUGGGCCACCACCCUGGCAAGGGGACGGCGGCUGGAGAGGGGACGGCGGAUGGAGAGAGGACGGAGCCGGGAGAGGGGACAGAGGCGGGCAGAGCAACAGUGGCUGGAGAGAUGACAGUGGCUGGAGAGGGGACAGAGGAGGGCGAGGCCCAGGGGUCAGCCCGAGCAGCAGACAUCAGGAUGGAUGGGCCGGGCCCCCCUCGCCCGGGAACAUCCCUGUCCAGGAGCCACCCGCCUGGAGCCCCUCCUCUCCACAGCAACCCCCGUGGGCACCCCCUCAGGAGCCACCAUCCCAGGGACGCACUGAGCGGAGUCUUCCGGCCCCGCAGUAUCCCAGCACUCAGGAGUGGAGGGGCUACAAUGCACCGCCCCAAGAACCUCAGCCACCCCAGGAUGUGGAGAAAGAGAUGGAUAUUCUGAACCACCUCCUGGCUGACAUCGAGCUGUUCAGUGAGAGCGUGAGGGAGGCCAGAGAGAAGAUGGAUAAGAAGCGGAAACUGAGGAAGAAGAAGAACAAAGGAGUGUCUCUCCCACUGCCGCAAUUUGAGGACUAUUUCCAGAAGGUCAAGUGUUCCUUCAACCUGUUGGGCAUGCUGAGUCCCAAUAUGCAGCAGCCAAGUUCCAUAGACCUGGUGCACAUUCUCUUCCAAACCCUGACUUACGUCCUGUCUAACUGUCCCGAGCGCAACCUGGCGGUCUCUGUGGUGAUCCCCCUGCUCACCCGCUCAGCCAUUGAUCUGCUACAGGAGUGUCUGAACCCCGAGGAGGCUGCAGUGUGGGAAUCCCUGGGCCAAGCCUGGAGCACUCCAAGGGAUUUCUGGCCAGAGGGAGCUUCCCUGCCCUCCUACGUGCCCCACUUCUACGACGCCUGGCAGCCUCCCAAAUCCUCACUAGGGGACGAUUUCUCAGGUUCUACCCAGGCCCCAGGGAGAACCCAGAGCUUCAGAAGCCAGCCCUCGAGGCCCCAGGACUCCUCCUCCAGUUCACCUUUGCGCAUGAGGGUUCUGUACGAGUUCCAAAGUAGAAACCCCCGGGAGCUGACGGUGUCACAGGAUGAGAUGCUGGAGAUCCUGGACCAGAGCAAACAGUGGUGGCUGGUGAAGAACAGGCAAGGCCAGACAGGCUACAUCCCCAACAACAUCCUGGAGGCCGCUCAGCCACGAGGACAGGGCCCAAUGCUGCGGCCCAGUUCCCGGCCUGAGGAGGUGACCGCCUGGCUCCAAGCAGAGAAAUUCUCCACCAUCACCGUGAAGGCGCUGGGGGCUUUGAACGGGAGGCAGCUGCUGCAGAUGGGACCCCGAGAAUUGCAGAUGGUGUGCCCAGAGGAAGCCCCUCGCAUCCUGUCCCGGUUGCAGCAAGUUCAACAGGAGGCCCCGAGGAUGGGCCCCUAAGGGUCCCAGCAUCCCCCCGGCCGGUGGGACCCUCCUCCUCCACUGCUGAUGGCAAGAGCAGUUGCGCACCCCGCUCCCACCCAUCCCAUCCUCUAACCUUUGGGGUGAGACCUCCCUUUCCCCAACGGUCCCCGGCCCCCCACCUUGGGUGAGGUGGGGCUAGGCCUGAGGGAGGUGACUGAACCCUAGGUCCGACGGCCACCUCCAAACCCCAAGUAAUUAUUCCCUCUAUCUCGGCCCUCAGAGCCCUGCUGGAAGCAGGCCAGACCCCACCUGGCACCUCCUUUCACCCUUUCCCCUAAUAAAUGAACCCCUGCACCUUG